AUGGGUGCUCAUACGCUGGGACGAGUGCAUGUGAUUAACAGUCUGUUCCGGUACACUUGGAAAACGACGUCGGAGAAGUUGUUCAACAAUGGUUACUUCCGGAAUCUUGCGAAGAAGAGGGACUGGUACUAUCCAACCGGUGCCACAGCUCCAUGCAAGCGUGUGGGCAAUGCAACUGGUCACAGACCUGUGGCCAGGUGGAUGCCUCAUGUGCGAGGCGACACUGUUGCUGGAGGUCCUGUUCAGUGGCUGCAAGAGAAGCUCGUUUGCCCGCACUGGAAUCCAGAUUCAGAGGAGAUGGACACUUGCGAUGAGAGUGAGCUGAAAUGGAAGUUCGUCAUUGGAAAGGAUGAAACUGCCCUUCCUUGUGAGAUGGGCUUGUAUGUGGAUUUUCAAGUCGAUGCCAAUGGUAUUCCAUCUGGAUGUCCUGGAUUUGAAGACUUCAAUAUGGAGAAGUGGGGAAUGAUCAACACGGACACGGGUGGUUUGAACAACUACAAAUACACUUGGACGAGAAUCGACGGCAAGCCGGCCGAACCCACUUGCCCCUUCCAGAAGCUUGCAGAGCCCAGCGGCUCGACCCCCUUGCAUCAAAUUGUUGAGGACUUUGCAGAUAAUGCCACCAGUUGGCUUGAGACCUUCAUUCCUACCUUUGAGAAGAUGCUUGCCAAUGGCUAUGAGUCUGAGCUGCAGGCCACGCCCCAACCGACGGCUCCUUUGUGA